GAAAUGUACUGAGUACCUUGUUCUCGACAAUUCGCCUGCUCGAACUUAUGGACAUAUGCUUUGAAGUUUGGGCCUUCAUUGUUGUCGCAUCACCCACAGGCGAUUUCGGACAGCAAAUGACAUAAUUACAACAUCAAUAUAUUUCCUCAAAAAAACGAUGCGUUCGGGGCUUUUUGCAACUGGCAGCUCCCUUUGCACGGUGUUUCGAAGAUAUACUCAUUCGUACGUCAGUCGUGGUGCGACAAUUGCAAUGGAGGGCACAGUGGAGGCCCCAACCUACCAGGAUGCGAUUCAUCGUUUGAACUCGACGCAGAGUGGCUUCAAGGCAUUAGAAGAGCGGAGAAGCAAAGGAGUGAAGCUCAAUAGCUCCUCUAAAGAGGAAAUGCGACAGUGGAUCCGUCGCCUCGGCUAUAAGGUCAGCGAUUUAGACCGUCUUAAUAUCGUUCACGUUGCCGGAACGAAAGGGAAAGGCACAACCUGUGCUUUCGUGAACUCCAUCCUUCAGCGCUAUCAGUACACGACUGGAUUACCCCGCAAAGUCGGACUGUAUACAUCUCCUCACCUGGCGGCUGUGCGGGAGAGAAUACGGAUCAAUUCCGAGCCCAUCUCUGAGGAGCAAUUUACGAAAUACUUCUUUGAAGUAUGGGAUGCUCUCGAGUCUACAGCGCGGGAAGAGGGCAUCGAUCCCGCCCUCAAGCCUAGUUACUUUCGGUAUCUGACAUUGAUGUCAUUUCACAUUUUCAUGCGAGAGGGUGUUGAUGCUGCGGUCUACGAGGUCGGAGUAGGAGGUGAACUGGACUCAACAAAUGUUAUCAAGCGGCCAAUAGUUACUGGCAUCACCACCCUUGGCAUUGACCAUGUCGAUGCACUUGGUGAUACUAUCGGCAAGAUUGCAUGGCACAAAGCGGGCAUCUUCAAGUCUGGGUCACCAGCCUUCUCUGUCCGACAACUCCCGGAAGCGACACAGGUUCUUGAAGAAAGAGCCAAGGAGAAAGAAGUGAGUCUCACUAUUAUUGAGGACAAUCCUGCUCUUGCACAUGUCGCCAUCAAACCAGCCGAGGAUUUCCAGAGGAAGAAUGCCUCGCUAGCGAUCGUGCUCUCGCAGGUUCUCCUAGAUAGGCUUGCAGUUCCAACAGAUCAUGAACUGGGUAGUCUGCCUAAACAGUUUGUCGAGGGCCUUGAAAGCGUGGUUUGGAGAGGCAGGUGUGAGAGUAAAGUGACUGGGAAGCAGCUUUGGCAUCUCGAUGGUGCGCACACGCAGGAGAGCCUGGAAGUAGCAUGUUCGUGGUUUGGGCGCGUUUCACAAGACAGGGACAUACCUUGCGCGCUCGUAUUCAAUCAACAAUCCACGAGAGAUGCCGUCUCUUUGGUCAAAACUAUCCACCACACCAUCUAUGAUAAUUUCAAGCUAAGAUUCCGGUACGUUGUCUUCUGCACCAAUAUCACAUACAAAGGAGAUUUGUGGAAAGUCGACCUCGAGAAUAGAAAUGUUGACCCAACAACAUUAAAGAGCCUGACCUUGCAAAAUGAAUUGGCAGGCGUUUGGCAUGAGUUGGACCCAGAUGCAGAAGUUGUAGCGCUCCCAUCGAUUGAAGAUGCUAUAGAGUAUAUCAGACACAUCAAAGGAGGAGCCGAAGAGAUUAGCGUUCUCGUCACAGGCAGCUUCCACCUUGUUGGCGGCGCAUUGUCAGUCCUUGAGGGUGAUAACUUUGCACUGGCGAAUUCUACCGGGGAAUAAUGUACUAUGGUUUCAGAGAGCUACAGCCUGUCAGAAGCUUAACCGAUCGUAGCUCUUCUACAAUCAGGAGUUAGGGCAUAUAGGCAAUCUCGUGCUUAAUACGUUACAAUUGAGGGAUCGGCCUGGUCGCUGUGCUCAAGCUCUGACUUGACAUGCCGGUGCCGUAACGGUCGUUAUUUACGUUCAAAGUAUGGAACGGACAGAGGGCUCAGUCUCUUGUAAAGUAACAUGUAUGUUGGAAGGCUGUCUAUCAUAAUAACCUAGGUGUCUCAUUAUAAGGGAUAGUAGUUCUCUAGUAUGAACUGCAAUCUACUAUAAUUCGUCUUAUUAUAGACUAGUUAAGUAAGACGUCUAAUCCCACCAAUCCCUUGCGACCUAUGGAUUUCAAGCUACCUUGUUCUGGAGUUGCUUUUCAUGAGAUUGAGUGACGCCUGAGUCCACC